AUGAAUGGCGGUGUGACUUUCGGCGCGAGCCAGUCGUUCCCUCAACCAUCGGCCGGAAACAACGGUGCUUUCAACUUCCAGCCCCCUUCGUCAAAUUCCUUCACCUUUGGGGCCCCUUCCGAUGCCCCAAAUCCUUUCGCGAACCUGAACGGAACAAGUGACGCGCAAGACAUAUCGAUGGAGUCGCCCCAGAAGAAAGCAGCAUUUGGGAACACCUUCGGGUCGAACAGUUUCACAUUUGGGCAGCCGGCACCACAACCGUCAAACCCGUUCGGUAGCCUCGAUGGGAAUCAGACGGCGAAGACGAAUGGCAGCAUCUUAUUUGGGCAGACGACUACGACUUCUGCGCCCUCCAAUCCAUUCGGUCAAUCCGCUCAAUCAAAUCCUUUCGGGGGCUUUGGUGGUUCGCAGCCUCCCGCAUCGCAGGCUCAAACAUCAGGUUUCGGCGGUUUUGGUUCAACCACAAACAACUCGUCGGCCACCACAAGUGCUUCCUUCGGCAGUUUCGGUCAGAAUAAUCCAAUCACUGGUCAAAGUGCACUGCCGGCCUUUGGAACUCAGCAAGGUAGUGACACGCAGACUCAAUCCCAACCUUCUAAGUUCGUCUUCGGACAGGCGAGUUCCAGCUCUCAGCCUCCGAGUAAGGGUCUGUUUGGCUCGUCGGCCCCGCCAGGCCAAAGCAGUGGCAGCAACCUCUUCGGACCUACGCCGUCUCAACCGUCUUCAUCAGGUUUCACAUUCGGCCAAUCCUCGAACCAAGCUGCACCCACAACCAACCCAUUCGCAAACCCCAACGCGUCGAAGCCCGAUGCUUUUAACUCUGCUCCCGCCUCGUCUGAUAAGUCUGCGAGCAUCUCACAACCAGUGGCGGAGCCAAACCCAGCCUUGAAGUCCCCAGAGAAGCUAGAGACUUCAGGGUCUGAUGCACCAGCCGUUAAUCCUUUUGCCGGCCUCUUCGGGAGUGCAAGCAGCACAGCGCAGGUCGCACCAGCUUCGAAGCCGGUGUUCAGCUUCAGUACACAAAGUCAACCACCCGCGCCUGUGGCUGGGGAGGGGCAAUCUAAACCGGCAUUCGGCUUUGGAACAGCAAGCAACCCCGGAGCUAAAGUGACAGAUGAUGCAUCAACACCGAUGCCAGGUAAUUCGCCAUUCACAUUUGCUUCACCAAGUCGAUCUGCAGCUCAAGCAUCGGACAGCUCUGAACCGAAGACCUCCGCACCCACUUUCAAAUUUGGCUCAACGGCUUCUCCGGGAGGUUCGACGGCAUCAGGGCUGUUCGGGAAGCCUGCUCAACCAGAAGAUUCAGAAGCUACCACUGACCCGCCGACGACUGAUGAAGACAAAGGAAAUGCCAAGCAAACCACUUCGACUCCGCCUUUCAGUUUCAACCGUCCCUCGCAGUCAGUUUCUAGUGGGGGGCUGUUUUCCCCAGCGAAGCCGUCCAUUGACAACGGCGCACCUUCGGGCGGAUUAUUCAGCAAGCUGAAUAGUGCUGUAGAGACGUCUGCCAAAACGCAGCCGCUGUUUGGUGCCCAAGCAAAGUCGGCGACCCCGACAUUCACGUCCGCGUCCGAGGUGGGGACAGAGAGCAGCACGGGUGCAGCAGAGGCGCUUAAGACUGCGCCACCCACUUUCGGUGGUGCGUCACUUCAAGCGUCCGGACAGUCUCAGCCUGCGCUGAAACCGCAGUCCACCGCGGCGAGGUCUGAGGCCGCAUCUUCUCAAGUCAGUAAGUCUCCUGCCGCGAAACCAAGCUUUCCUGCACCUGGCCCGGCCACUCAAGCUCAGAACACCGCCGAGAACACACCAGACUCUGCAGUAACGCAGGCACCCAACAAACGACCAGUUUAUACCAAGGGCCCAACACGCGUACCUGGCCAUAUCACUGCCCAGCAGUUCCAAGAAUAUGAUCGCGACUAUCGCCUUCAUUCGUUGAAUCACGGUUUCCAACAGAAGCUUGCCUCCCUGGACCCCCGCUCACAUGACUUUGACAACGUUAUCCGUCAUUAUGUUGCCGCACGUGACAACAUCGGAGCUUCGCUGGGGAUGUAUAUACGUAAUGUUGCAGGCACAAAGCGAAAGGGUGAUCAGGUUGACGAUCACGAGGAACCGGGGCAAAACAAGAGAAGCCGAGAAGAACCUGCGCAAAAGCCAUUCAGCUUCGGUGGUACCAAUUCCUCGCAUUCAACCUCAUCUGCAACCAACAACGCUGCCUCUACACCCUCACAGGGGACGAAACUGCCCGACGACGGUAUUCCGAAAUCAACGUCCGCCAGCACAAGUGGUCUUUCACAAUCCACAUCGGGCUUCAAGCCAACCACAGCCAAUACUGCAGGGUUUGGCCCAACAUCCAGUGGAAGUACCAACGCAUUUGCCUCUCUCAAUACAGGCUCGACUUCUACCACAUCUGCGCCAUCGACGACUCCAGUCAAGUCACCACCAAAGAAGCCUGGUUUUGAGAUGCCUAAAUUUGGUGGUGGAAGCAGCACCAACUUUCUUGCCGCAUUUGGUCAGCAAGCGAAGGAAAGCUCAGCUAAGUUUGAAAAAGAUCUCCUCGAGAAGCGCAAGGCUGAAGAGUUUGACUCCGACGAAGAUGACGAAGAGCAGUACCGUAAGAAAGUCGAAGAGGACAAUCGGGCCAAGCGCGCAAAGAUCGAUGCCAUUGCCAAAGGUGGCUUCAAGCCUUCAUUCGGGGCUGCUUCAACGGAGAAGGCGGGCAAGCCUGCUUUCGGCGGCUUGGGCACUGCGGCUUCAGCAAAUUCUUUCGCCGCUCUCACCUCAACACCGAUAUCUGACGGACGAUCAGCAGCUGAUGAUGAUGACGACAAUGAAGAUGGCAGUUACGUCGACGAUAAGGACGAGGACGAGGACGAAGCCAACUCAUCCAGCGAUGAUCGGACUGAUGAUGGUGAGGAUGGAGAGGGCGGUGACGCCGAUGCGGAGGAAGAGCAGCGCGAAGAGAGCCUACCCGAAGACGAAGUCGUUCAAGAAGGCGGAGAUGAAGAAGACGACGACAACGAUCUACAGGCUGCCAUGGAUCGAGCGAGAAAGAAUCCCAAUGCUGGCAAGAGCUUGUUCGAGCGGAUCGAGCCUAACCCGAACAAAGAGAAAGCCACCCCAACUACAAACGGGAACAAGAAGGAGCCUGAGGACGCAAGCCCUAUCAUGCAACCGACGAAGAACUCCUCGUUCCCUCCUGCGGUCUGGGGCUCCCACAUUGGCAAGACAACGCCUGAGCAGCCUUCAUUUUCUCCUUUGACCCCUACUACCGGUGCUUCGACUGUGAAGCCAGCCAGCACCUUCAUCUUCACUCCGGCGCCUACCACGACACCUACUCCAGCUCUAGGCGCCUCGAUCUUCUCUGGCGGCGCUGUCAGAGGCGGUCCCGUUCCAGGAGAAGGUUUGUUCGGCUCAAGACCAAGCACACCCAGCAAUGCAGAGAAGAAUGGCAAUCUCGCCAAAUCAGUCCUCACUUCUCCAGCGGGAACUGACAACACCUGGAAACCAGGCAACAGCAUAUCCUUCGCGAAUGGCGACAAUGCUCUAAGUGCUCCUACCUUCAAGUUCACUGCGGCUUCGCCUGGGGAGAAAGACAAGAAUACCUCCAGUCCCUUCGGCACUCUCUUUGGAACUGCUGCUCCUGGCUCAAGCGGUACUGUCACACCUAAUCUCGGGUUUCAAUUUGGUGCUCCUACUUCCACUCCGGCACCAGGCUUUCUAGGUGCGGUUUCCCAUCUUGCAAGCGGAUCUGCAGCCAGCUCCGCGGCCUCCUCUCGGGCUACAUCGCCGGGUGUCUCAGAAAAUGAAUCUGUUGCUACAAACGAAACGGAGGAUACCACCGAAGACCCGCAGACAUCGUUGAUGGAUUCUCGCGCCGGCGAAGAGAACGAAACCACUCUGUGGGAAGGCCGCUCUAAAGCACUCAUGUUUGUCAAUGCCGAGACGGCAAAAGGCACGAAGUAUACGCCCAAUGACUGGAACUCUGUGGGCAUUGGUCAAGUGCGCGUGCUCAAGGACAAAACCAGUAACAAAACUCGCCUGGUCUUCCGGGUCGAGCCAUCCGCGAAUAUCCUUUUUAAUUCUCAUCUCGUGGGCAGCACGACAUACGAAAGCGUACCGAGCAACAAGAGUGGUGCGGUGCGAGGAGCGCUCAUGUACAAGGGCAACCUCACACGAUUGGUGUUCAAGUUAAAGACGGCAGAGAUGGCCAACGAGUUGGCCAAGGUCUUGGAGGAGAACAAGAGUGUUUGA